CGCGUCCCAGCCGCCCCGCGCGCGCGGCCCUGGCCUGGACGCCCUGCGCUCUGGACCUCUUCGUCGCGUCUGUAAGCCGGAGAAGGGGUCUCCUCUCUUGAGGAGACCCGCCGAUGGCCGGGGGCCGGGCGGAGCCGGCGCUCCUGUUGGCUUCGAGCGCAGCUGGCUCCACACCCACGGGGCGCUCCGCUGGGUACAGGUGCUCGCCCGGGUCGGGCCGGGGCGCGGCCUCUUCUCCUCCCGUCAUACAUACAUCAGCAUAGAAACUGAGGAGACAACGACAAGCUCUUCCAUAAUGUCAUACAGACGAGAGCUAGAGAAAUACCGUGAUUUGGAUGAAGAUGAAAUCCUUGGAGCCCUAACCGAGGAAGAGCUCAGGACCCUGGAAAAUGAGCUGGAUGAGCUGGACCCUGAUAAUGCACUGCUGCCUGCAGGCCUGAGGCAGAAGGAUCAGACGACCAAGGCGCCCACAGGCCCCUUUAAAAGAGAGGAGCUCUUGGAUCACUUGGAAAAGCAAGCAAAGGAGUUUAAGGACCGAGAAGAUCUGGUCCCCUACACAGGGGAGAAACGAGGAAAGGUCUGGGUCCCCAAGCAGAAGCCAAUGGAUCCUGUGCUGGAAAGUGUGACACUGGAGCCAGAGCUGGAGGAGGCCUUGGCCAAUGCUUCCGAUGCAGAACUCUGCGACAUUGCAGCCAUCCUGGGCAUGCACACGCUUAUGAGCAACCAGCAGUACUACCAGGCCUUGGGCAGCAGCUCCAUUGUGAACAAGGAGGGCCUCAACAGUGUGAUUAAACCCACACAGUACAAGCCUGUGCCAGAUGAGGAACCAAAUUCCACAGAUGUAGAGGAAACGCUGGAGCGGAUAAAGAACAAUGACCCAAAACUCGAAGAGGUUAACCUCAAUAACAUCCGGAACAUCCCUAUUCCCACCCUCAAGGCCUACGCAGAAGCCCUGAAGGAAAACUCCUACGUGAAGAAGUUCAGCAUCGUGGGGACCCGGAGUAAUGACCCUGUAGCCUUUGCCCUUGCUGAGAUGCUCAAGGUGAACAAGACGCUGAAGACACUGAAUGUGGAAUCCAACUUCAUUUCUGGGGCUGGGAUCCUGCGCCUGGUGGAAGCCCUCCCAUACAACACUUCCCUGGUGGAACUCAAAAUUGAUAACCAGAGCCAGCCCCUGGGCAACAAAGUGGAAAUGGAGAUUGUGAGCAUGUUGGAAAAAAAUGCAACGCUUCUCAAAUUCGGCUACCACUUUACUCAGCAGGGGCCCCGGCUCCGGGCAUCCAAUGCAAUGAUGAACAACAAUGAUCUUGUGAGGAAGAGGAGGCUGGCGGACCUGACUGGGCCCAUCAUUCCCAAGUGCCGGAGUGGCGUCUAGUGUGUGCAGGGGAAGACCAUGCCUUUGAACUGGAUAUGUUCUACUGACAACUUGUGCUCUGCAGUGGAAACCAGAAGGCAAAACGCCAGCACAAAACCUUUUUGUGGUUCAGUUCUUCAUGCACUAAGGUUUUAGGUUAACUAGUGGUUGUAGCUGAAAAUUUUAUAAAAUAUGGUUAAUGUGAAGUUUUUCUUUAGUCACAGUUCAGUCUGGUUAUUAUUUAAAAACUGAUAAGUCCUCAAACUGGCAGAUCAUGCUGAAGAUGACUUAAGUAGCAGUGACUUAAACCCAGGAGCCCAGUUUCAGUGGCCUUGCUGUGUGGUGUUUCAGGUGCAUUUAAAAUGUGUAACAUACAAAUAAGCAGCACACUUUUCCAUGAUUCCCAAGUAUAAAAGACUUUAUUAACAGAUUUGAUCUUAGCUAUUUAGCAAACAGAAAGAAUAACCAUUCUUUAUUAACCCUCCUUUCAAAUUUAAAAACUUCAAAAUUAAAGUUCCCAAAUUGAUUACUGGAUCAAGAACACAAUUUUCCUCUCAAGACAGACAGACUGAAGCCGCAGAGCUCUGGCAGGAAUCAAAGAACACAAGAUUCCUUUUGCUAGAUAUGAGAAAAUGACAGAAAAAGCCAAAGAUGAUAUUUCAAGUUUCAAAAGCCAUCCUUUCCUUACCAAUCCCAGGCAACAAAAGUGACCCUGAGUGUUCAGAACAUCUGGGAUUUAUUUACAAUUUAAUACUGGAUUCAGACAGCUUUUUCCUAUUGAAGGCCAGCCUUACACUGGAUGUGAAAACCUAUGGCCAAAUACUUGAAAACACCUUUCUACACUGCACAGUGGGCACAUGGUUUAUGUGAGGUGGACAGCAGGAGAUAAAUCUCAGUCCAUCAUGGCUAUGGAACUUAGCAUGACCAAGCAUGUCUUCAGCUACCUGUCUCAUCACUUUAGACAAAUCACCUUCGAUCUUAGGGCUGUAAAUUAAGUCUCUGUGGGACAAUGGUGAAGAAAAUCCAAAUGUUAACGAAUUAAGAAAUCCUAGCCAAGCCACCCCAGGACGAUUAUUCUGAAAAUGUGAUUUCCAUAUUUCCUUUAUAACAUCAUAUGCAUCUCUUGGAAUCCAGCAAAAAGCCACAGUGCCCUUGUGCCUUUUAAUAUACCACAGUGCCAGUUAAACCAGUAUUUCUGUUUGUUGCUUUGAGGAGUUACAGCAAAUCUUAUGAUAAAGGACAAGGCCAAAGAGCUGAGCACUGAGCAGAGAGAGGCUUCUGAUGAAAAAGCAAAAGUCCUGUGCACUGAACCAUAGUGACAUGGGCAGUUCAGGGGCACUAGAGGUGAAGAGUGUCUACUGAGGCUGCAGAGGGGCCCGGGAGUGGCACCAUGCUGCAGGGAUGACCAUCCCCACUCAGCUUCUUGAAACACAACUGCAGCUGCAUUCUGCAUCACUGGAAACUGCAAUGUAAUAAUAAAUUUGUUGGUCUAUG